AAUCUACCUACCUAACGUUUUCGCCUCUUGAAUGUAUACCUAGGUACCUAGGUAUACUAUAAUGAUAUGUAUAUGCUUACCUAGGUGCCUCUCUAUUAUCAAAGUGGGGGGGCAAGGGGGCAAGGGGGAAGGAGGAGUUCGGAUGUAGACCUUAUCAGUCAACGUCAAGGUUGGAGCUAAGAUAUCCUUAUUCUCAGUUGUCCACCAGCUAGCCGUCAACCUCUCUCGAUCGUCUCUCAGUCAAAUACCAAACUUCCGGAUUAUCCACAUGUUUCCGGCCGACACGGAGAAGGGCCCAAGAAGUCGCCCAGAUUAUCUUCCAAAUUAUCCCGUACUCUUUUAGUCUCGCCAAUGACGCUAUGACAUGAACCGUCACGAAUUGUCAUGAACUAAGCUAAAGAAUAGCUAGGUCAACAAGACAAUUAUUCACCCCAUCAAAGUCAUGGCAGCAGCUGAGGUUCUCCCACAGCCACCGAUCGCUCCUAUCUCUAGUCUUCAGCCUGUUCCUGCACCAUCUGCUGCAGAGGCUCUCACGCCUCUAAUACAGUCAACUUAUCGGACUUCCGAGCUACGAUUCUUCGUGAAUGGACGCUCCGUAGUCCUCUCUAACCCGGACCCGGAAUGGGUCCUCCUUGACUGGAUCCGUGCCCAGGACAACUUGAAAGGGACUAAACUCGGAUGCGGAGAAGGAGGCUGCGGCGCGUGUACUGUUGUUCUACAGACCAGAGAAAAGGGGAGGCGUUUGAAACAUAUCGCUGUGAACGCCUGCCUCUUUCCUUUGGUCGGCGUCGAUGGGAAGAGCGUGAUUACAAUUGAGGGGCUGGGCACAGUUGCUCGCCCUCAUCCCUUGCAGGAAAGGGUAGCGAAGAUGCAUGGUUCGCAAUGCGGCUUCUGUACCCCUGGAAUCGUCAUGAGUCUGUACGCACUGGUCAGAAAUUCGUAUCAAGAUGGGAAAUUCCGUCUUUCGGCCUCUGAUAUUGAAUUGCAAGGCCAUUUAGAUGGCAACCUUUGUAGAUGCACUGGCUACAAGCCGAUUCUAGAGGCGGCAAAGACGUUCAUCGUAGAGGAUUUAAAGGGCGACCUAAUAGAAGAAACUGUUUCCUAUCCUCUAGCGGUUGAUGAUGUUACCGAUAGGCUUCCAGGAACUGCAGCAAAUGGAGGUGAAUGCCGUGCCUCUUCUAACGGCUCCUGCGGACGUCCAGGCGGGUGCUGUCGUGACUCAUCAAGGUCCUCAUCCAAGAGUAGCGUCGGCGAAACAUCUUCUCAGCAAUCUUCAGUCACUCAGGCCACCUCCGUAAGCUCGAAUGGAAAGGCUCCCUUACCUAAAGAUUUUGCACCUUAUGACCCCACGGCGGAAUUGAUAUUCCCCCCUGUUCUCUGGGGAUAUCAACAGCAGCCUAUAUGUUAUGGAGACGGAAGGAAGAUUUGGUUUAAGCCCACAAGUCUCGAACAGCUAAUCCAACUUAAAGAUGCUUGGCCAUCGGCGAAAAUCAUUGGUGGUGCCAGCGAAACACAAAUUGAGGUCCGUUUCAAGAAAUCCGAGUAUCGGGUAUGCGUCUACGCAUCAGACAUCGAGGAACUUAGUCGUUUUGAGGGACCCCAAAGUGACGAGGAACUUCUAGCCCUGUCAGAAGUAUCAAUCCCAGGUAAUAUGUCAUUGACGAAAGUUGAGGAAGUCUGUGUCACUCUUCUUUCAAAACUUGGUCCAAGGGCAAGCGCGCUUGAGGCGCUAGCGAAGCAACUGAGAUAUUUCGCAGGCCGCCAGAUUCGAAAUGUGGCAAGUUUGGCCGGAAAUCUAGCAACAGCCAGCCCUAUCUCGGACGCCGCCCCAGCCUUGAUAGCAGCAGGAGCUACAGUUGCCGUUCGAACCAAGAAAGAAGGCUCCUAUGACUUACCAUUGUCAAACUUCUUCGUGAAGUAUCGAACAACCCACCUCCCUGCUAACGGUGUGAUCACACACAUUAAGAUACCGCUACCUUCCCCAGAGACUUUAGAGGUGACAAAAGCUUAUAAACAGGCUAAGAGAAAGGAUGAUGACAUUGCUAUUGUAACUUCUGGCUUCCGAGUACGUAUAAAUGAAGAAGGUAUUGUCCAGCAAGCGACGUUCGCCUUCGGUGGUAUGGCACCAACCACUACGGUCGCAGCUAAGACGCAGCACAUCGUGCAAGGGAAGAGAUGGAUAGAUAGCAACACACGAGAGGAGGCUAUUAGUGCUCUCCUAGAAGAUUUUGACUUGCCAUUCGGUGUGCCAGGAGGGAUGGCCCAGUAUAGAAAGGCUCUAACACUAUCUUUGUUUUUCCGGUUCUGGAACGAGAGCAUCUCAGAACUAGGAAUAGCCCCAUUGGACCACAAACCCGUUCAGGAAAUCCACCGAGAAAUAUCGACAGGGACUCGUGAUCACUUUGUCGCUUCGGGUACUAAAGUUGUAGGCAGAGAAAUGCCACACCUAUCCGCUCUAAAGCACUGUACAGGCGAGGCCGAAUACGUCGACGAUAUGCCACAGCAGAAGAAUGAGCUGCACUGCGCUGUUGUGCUUUCAACCAAAGCACAUGCAAAGAUACUUGCAGUCGAUUGGAGCAUUGCACUCAAGAUGCCGGGCGUUGUCGGUUACCUUGACAAGGACAGUGUAUCGCGUGAGAACAAUAAUUGGGGCCCAAUUCGAGUGGAUGAACCUUUGUUUGCGGUAGACGAGGUUCAUUCGCAUGGUCAAACCAUAGGCAUCGUCUACGCUGAGUCAGUUUUACAAGCACAAGCUGCGGCAGCGAAAGUCCGAGUCACAUACGAAAUAUUGCCCGCUAUACUUACCAUAGACCAAGCUAUCAAAGCCCAAAGCUUUUUCGAACAUGGGAAGCAGCUGAAGAAGGGGGCCGCUAUACAAGGCUCCCUGGAUGGCGUAUUUGCGAAAUGCGAACACGUCAUAGAGGGCAUAACAAAGUUAGGCGGACAGGAGCAUUUCUAUCUGGAAACCAACGCUGCAUUAGCGAUCCCGCAUAUCGAAGACGGUUCUAUGGAACUCUACGCUUCCACGCAGAACUUAGCGGAGAACCAGAUCUUCGUCGCUCAAGUGCUCGGAGUGCCCAUGAGUCGUGUGAAUAUGAGAGUUAGGCGUCUUGGUGGUGCUUAUGGUGGUAAGGAAUCGAGGAGUACGCCAAUAGCAUGUUUAGUCGCCAUUGCUGCUAAGAAGGAGCGACGUCCCGUGAGAAUGAUGCUGAACCGUGACGAAGACAUUGCAACUAGUGGACAAAGGCACCCUAUGCAGUGUAAAUGGAAGGUUGGCACCGAUGCCAACGGGAUAAUCCAGUGUCUCGACAUAGACAUUUAUAACAACGCCGGAUACUCCCUAGAUAUGUCCGGGGCCGUGAUGGAUCGAGCAUGUACUCACAUCGACAAUUGUUACCAUAUACCGCAUGCCUGGAUACGUGGCUGGCUUUGCAAGACCAAUACCGUUUCAAACACCGCAUUUCGUGGGUUUGGGGGGCCCCAGGCAAUGUAUUUCACCGAAUCUUUCAUGAGCGCCAUCGCCGAGCGCCUCGAAGUUGAUAUCGAUGAGCUACGAGCCAGAAAUCUAUAUAAGCAAGGCGAAUUAACACCAUUUUUGCAAACGAUCGACAUCGAUUUCCACAUACCGACCAUGCUAGAGCAACUAAGCGCCAAUGCAGACUACGAAAAUAGGAAAAAGGAAGUCGGCAUCUUCAAUUCGAAGAACCGUUAUAGGAAGAGAGGGAUUUGCAAAAUCCCAACUAAAUUUGGACUGAGCUUUGCGACUGCGCUGCAUUUAAACCAGGCCGGCGCAUACGUAAGAAUUUACGAGGAUGGCAGUAUAUUGCUUCACCACGGAGGGACAGAGAUGGGCCAAGGACUUUAUACUAAGAUGUGUCAAGUCGCGGCCGAGGAACUCGGCGUAAGCGUUGACCAGAUAUUCAACAAGGAUUCACAAACUGAUCAAGUCGCCAACCCCUCUCCCACUGCUGCAUCAUCGGGCAGCGACCUAAACGGAAUGGCUGUCAAAAACGCCUGCGAACAAUUAAACGAACGGCUGGAGCCAUAUAGGAAACAAUUCGGACGAGACGCUCCGAUGUCAGUGAUAGCGCACGCUGCAUACCGAGAUCGGGUUAACCUUGCAGCAAACGGCUUUUGGAAGAUGCCUCGCAUAGGUUACAAAUGGGGCAACUACAAAGACCCCCUUCCGAUGUACUAUUAUUUCACUCAAGGUGUGGCGAUCACUGAAGUCGAAUUAGACGUCCUCACGGGGGAUCACACUGUUCUUAGAACUGAUAUAAUGAUGGACGUCGGUCGCUCGAUUAACCCAUCCAUCGACUAUGGGCAAAUUGAGGGAGCAUUUGUCCAAGGACAGGGCUUGUUCACUAUGGAAGAGUCACUUUGGACUAGGCAGGGCGAACUGUUCACCAGAGGCCCCGGGACAUAUAAGAUACCAGGCUUUUCCGAUAUCCCUCAGAUAUUCAAUGUGUCUAUGUUGAGGCAUGAUUCGAGCGGGAACGCUAUAAACUGGAAGCACCUGCGCUCUAUCCAAAGUAGCAAAGGUGUCGGCGAGCCGCCGCUUUUCCUAGGCUCCACGGUAUUCUUUGCUCUCAGGGAAGCAGUUAAGGCCGCAAGGGAAAUGAACAGCGUGAAAGAACCAUUGGUGCUCAACGCGCCAGGAACACCAGAAAAACUGCGUCUGGCUAUCGGCGACGAGUUCGUCAAGCGCGCCGCCGUGGUUCCAAAGGAAGGUGAGACGAACUUUUUCGUUCGGAUUGAAGAGUAAUUCGCGAUGAUAACACGGGUAAUUUACUGCCACGCUCGUCGACACUAACAGAGAUAUAACGUCGCAUAGCGGGGACUGCCGGAAUGGGAUUCUCUAGAUGUU